AUGGAUGAGAAUCUCAUCAAGGAAACAUGCAGAAAGACACCAGACUAUGAUAUCUGUCUCUAUCUGCUUAAAUAUAAUGGUGGCAGCGGGAUCUAUUCUGCAAAUCGCACACGCUUGGCGGAUGUAAUGAUCGAUGUAGUCGGGCUUAGAGCAACCGAUGCUCUAAACAAAGUUGAGGAGCUUCUAAGCAAAACACCAGAAGAUCGACCUUUAACACAAUGUAGCACACAAUACACAUAUAUUACAUCAACUAUGGUUCCGUAUGCCAAGAUGUAUGCUUAUACGAACCCUCAUGCAGCAGGAUAUUUGAUGCAUGGCAUUCAAGACAAGGCUGUGAAAUAUUGUGAAGAUUUAUUCAGAGGGUCGUCUCCUCUUACUGACUGGAAUCUAGGUGUCCAAAAGGUUGCUGCUAUUGCUGAAGCAAUAAUAGGGCAAUUGGGUUAA